AUGACCAACAUAGUUAGCGCCCUUCCGAAUGAAGAAAAGGAUGCGUGGCUAAAUUUGAAUGAUAUCAGACAAAACGCGAAGAAGUACAACUGGCAAGAGAUCCCUGGGAAGCAAAACAAUUACAUUUUUUCGAAAGACCAUGUGAAAAUAUGCAUCAUAGGAUUGAAGGGACUAGUGACAAUAGAUAUCCGACUACUAAGUGGAGUCAACUACAAAUUGUGCAAAAGCAAUUUGAAGAAAGAAGAGAUAUAUGACUUAUUCUCAAUGAAUAGUUUUUUUAAUCACACAAAUGAUGUACUACAGAAAUCGGUUUUGUGCAACAGUUAUGAUUUAACUGUAAAGGAAAAAAUAGAUCUUUUCAAUAAAAACGAUAAGUCAUUUUUGCAAGGGGUGAAAUGCAAGGACUUGUUUUUUCGCAACCGUGGAGAGUCACAUAGGUUGGGCAGUGAAAAGGUAAAAACGGGCACAACGAAAGUAAAAAGCAGCGCAAUAAGCAGUGCAACGAAUGGGGAGCAGCAGGGGAAACAUAAUUCGAUAGACAUCCCUGAGGAAAAGAAAGUGCAAGUCAAGCCGGCCCAAUCAACCCAGACGGAGCUUCAACCGGAGGAAGGCAAACAGUUACAAAAGGGAAAUGCACACAUUAGGAAUGGCUUUUGCGAAAAUGCGCUCGAUGUGACCCCGUUAUGUAAGGCAGUUAAUAAGGCAGUUAGUACGGCAGUUGGUAAGGCAGUUGGUAAGGCAGUUGGUAAGGCAGUUCUCUACAAGGAGGAAGACAAGGACAACAAAAAGGUCUUGAAAAAAUUAUGCCUUUUUAACAAACAUCCUCGUGAUAAAGUCAGCGAAAAUUCGAAAGGAUGUCCAAUCGAAGGAGGAGCAAAUUCACUAACUGGGGAAGAUCCCUCCUGUGGAAAUGAUCAUAGUGGAGAACACUCCAAAGUUGAGGGGCAACAAAGGGGAGACAUUUACCCAAAGGGGAGUACCAACCAGAAGGGGGAAACAAACCGCAGCGAUUAUGGUGUAAAGAAAGGAGACGUAGAGAGAGAAAAAAGUUCACCUCCUCAUAUAUUGAGUGACCAUGCGAGCGAUAUUGAAGAGGCGGAAAAAUUAAACGUAGGUAAUUCCCAAGUGAGCAGAGAAAUAGAUGCUAAUAAGCACGGGGCGAAUAAGACGAAGGAAAACAAACAAAAUUUGAAUGAUAACUGUGUUGAUAACGAACAGGAGUUGUCACUCUCCCCAGGGAGAGAAAACAACGUGGUUACUCCGCAUAACGAUACAUUUGGUAAAUUCAAUUCAGGAGAAAAAUAUUCCCUACGUUAUGGUAGCACUAAGGGGAAUAGCAAAGAAUGUCUCGAAUGGUGCGACACGCUAAGUAGCAAGAGAGAGUGCCAUAUGUCGAAGUCCUUCACCACGCAUUCUCUCAGCGAGGAAGACUUAAAAAACGAAGCGUUGCAUCGAAUGGGCCCUAGCGAGGAGGAAACGGCUAAUUGGUGCAGCGGGGAGGGGCACACAAAUGGGCACCUGCUUGAGAAUGUGACUGAUGAAGGGGGGAGUCCCAUCGACUGCAACGCGGGCCACCAACCGAGCAAUCGUUUCGCCCACAAAACGGACACGGUUAACGUAUACAUACAAAAUAACACGGUACAGUACUGUGGUCCGAAAUAUAGGCAAAGGAGGAAGGCCAAGGUGAGGUGGGUGCGGGACGAAGACGGCUUAAGCCACCUGAAGGGUUAUCGCAGUUGCGGGGAAAAAUGGGGCAGCAAGUGGGGCAACAAGUGGGGAAGCAGGUGGAGCAGCAGGUGGGGCAGCAAGUGGGAUAACCACUGGGACAAUUGGGAAAACUGGGACUACCGUCGGGACCAUGGCAGGAACACCUGGAAUGGGAAAUACAAUCAUUACAAUCAGCCUGGGAAAAAAAGCCUCGUCAUGGGACACAGUUUCUCCCCGCGUAAAUCUCAUCACUUGGCCGUGCGGACAGACGGAAAAAACAACUACAGGGAUAAAAACAGCGCGUAUUACAGCCCCAGUUGGACUAAGCACGCCCCGAAAUAUUACACAGCAGAUCCACGUAAGGUUUACAAUACUGGUAGGGGCCAAAUGGUAGGUUUUCACGAAGAGGCAACUUGUAUCAAUGCAGAGGAAGAUGAAAAAAUUGGUAAAUCUAAUUAUCCAUUUUGGGGUGUACAAAAAAGAAAAGGUGCUCUCCACUUUUAUCAUAAAAGUGGUUUUUAUAUAACGCAAAAUAGGAACAAUUAUGCGCGUAGAAAAUACAACGAAAAUAAACCAAGUGACGCGUUGAAGCCAUAUGAACCGCACAAAAAUGUAAAAGAACUUGAGAAGGAAAUAUACAGCAAGCUGUCCUAUUUAAAGCACUUCAAACAUGACUAUACCAAGUCGAUCCCCAGAUAUUACUGCACCUUUAGACAUUUGCUUGCCCAAUCCAGGACAAGAAAACGACCCCUGUGGCUACAAAACAUGAUAGCUACGAAUAAAUGUGGCUACUGUGAUGAGCAGUUUUCCAGUUUGAAGAGUCUGGAAAACCAUUUCGUUCAUGUGAAAACGCAUAGAAUAUAUUACUGCUGUGGGAAGCCCUUCUCUUCUUUGAAAUUUUUAUACAUUCACCUCAGGAGGGAUAACCACUAUGGGUACGUUUACUAUUACUAA